UUAAGCUUGUGUUGUGUCGCAUUACAUUGACAUUGUAUUUUUAAUUAGAAAAGGCGCAGAAACAGAAACAGAAAGAAUGGCUGGUCCCGGCAAAUGCUUCCUCGUGACGGGUCCUCCGGGUGUGGGAAAAACCACUCUUAUUAUGAAAGUAUUCGAGUCCCUCAAAGUCAAUCCAUCCCUCAAGCUUCAGGGCUUCUACACUCGGGAAAUUAGGCGCGCCGGCCAGAGGGUUGGUUUUGAAGUGGUCACACUCGACGGUCGCACUGCCCCACUUGCUUCCAUCGACAUUUCAACCCCCGAGUCUCUCAGAUGGCCUAAUGUUGGCAAGUAUAAAGUUGAUGUUGCUUCCUUCGAGUCACUAGCACUUCCCGAGUUACAGGUUAAAGAAGACACUGAUCUCUUCAUCAUUGACGAAGUUGGUAAGAUGGAGUUGUUCAGUUCCUCAUUCUUCCCUGCAGUUCUAAGAGUUUUGGAGUCAAAUAUCCCAGUUUUGGCUUCCAUUCCAGUUCCAAAAUUCGGCAGAGACAUACCUGAAGUUGCAAGGUUGCGGAAUCAUGCAGGGGCAACUUGUUUUACAUUGAGCGUUAGUAACAGAGAUGCUGUUAGAGAACAGAUACGCUCACAAUUGGAAGAUAUGCUGACAAAACACUAGUCAUUGCAAGUUUGUGGUCUGAAUUCAUACCGUGUAAUGUAGAAUAAAUUAUGAAUUUAUGAUGGGCUAAUACUAUUUAGUGAGAGAAAAAAAAGUGCAAAUCUUAAUCGAGCCUUAAAUAAGUUGAUAAGCUAGUUGAGCUUUGAAUACCAUUAGUAGUAUACAUGACUUAUCUGCAUGAUAGUCCUUUUGUAAUGACUUAUCUGUAUGUCUGUAUUAUGGACAAUAUCUUCUGCAGGAAACUGAAAAUCUUAAUCCAUGUAAUACAUGA